AUGGUCCGCUCUCCCUUCACCUCUCUUCCCUUUGGUCCUGCUCCCAGCUCAUACAGCAGUCGGGUACUGACACUCUCCUCUCUGCUCAUGACUCCCUCUCAGAAUGAGGAGAAGAACCCCUCGGCUCUCGAGGGCCGCCAUGUAUCCAAGACUGGCAUCACCCAUGAGCGCGCAGAGCUGCUCGCCAACCUCCCCGACCCCGACGCCGGGCUGAGCGAAGAGGAGCGUCUGGCCAUUGACAAGAAGCUCAUGUGGAAGGUCGACCUCUGGCUGAUCCCCUGGCUCUCACUGCUCUACCUCCUGUCCUUCCUCGACCGCACCAACAUUGGCAACACCCGCGCCGCGGGGCUCAAGGUCGACAUUGGCAUGGCCGAGGGCGACUACCAGAUGGCCCUCACCACCUUCUUCAUCUCGUACGCUGUCGCCGAGCCCCUCACCAACGCGCUGCUCAAGCGCCUCACGCCCCGCAUCUUCUUCACCGGCAUCAUCAUCUCCUGGGGCGUCAUCAUGACCCUCAUGGGUCUCGUCAUGAACAAUGCCGGUCUGCUCGCCGCACGCUUCUUCCUGGGCGUCGCCGAGGCAGGCCUCUUUCCCGGCGUCAACUACUACCUCGGGUGCUGGUACAAGCGUUCCGAGAUUGGCGUGCGCUCGUCCCUCUUCUUCUCGGCCGCCACCCUCGCUGGCUCCUUUGGCGGUCUCCUCGCGGCCGCCAUAGCCAAGAUGGACGGCAUCGGCGGCAUGGACGGCUGGGCCUGGAUCUUCAUCCUGGAAGGUAUCGCGACCACAUUAGUCGGAAUCUUUUGCUGGUGGAUGGUCUUUGACUGGCCCGACACGGCCCGGUUUCUAACCCACGACGAGCGCGUCCGCGUGCAGCGACGCCUCAUCCUCGACCGCCAGGGCCGCACCGCCGAGGACUUUGACAAGAGACACAUCCACGCCGCGCUCGAGGACUGGAAGACGUACGUGUACAUGAUCAUCUACAUGGGCUGCCUCUGCCCCCUGUACGCCUUCUCGCUGUUUCUCCCCACCAUCCUCGCCGGCAUGGGCUACUCGGGCACCCAUCUGCAGCUCCUCUCCGUGCCGCCCUACGCCGUCGCCGCCCUCCUCACCGUCGCCGUCGGCUUCCUCGGCGACCGCACCCAGCGGCGCGGCUACUGCAACAUGGCCACCGUCACCAUUGGCAUGGUCGGCUUCAUCAUGCUCAUCGCCUCGAGCAACCCCCAGAUCCGGUAUGCGGGCACCUACCUCGGCGCCGCGGGCAUCUACCCGACCAUCUCCAUCACCCUCUCCUGGGUCAACAACAACACAGAGGGCUCCCUCAAGCGCGCCUUUGUCCUCGGCAUGGUCGUCGGCUGUGGCAACCUCAACGGCGUCGUCUUCUCCAACAUCUACCUCGACCGCGAGAAGCCCCGCUACUGGACGGGGCACGGCGUCGUACUGGCGUAUCAGGCCGUCUUCCUCCUGGGCGGCACCGUCUUCAUGCACUUUGGCCUCAAGAAGCUUAACCGGGAUCGCAGGGCCGACAAGCUUGACGCCAAGUGGAACAGCCUGAGCGAGGAGCAGCGCUGGAUCGAGGGCGAUCUGAGGCCGGACGUAUACUACCUGAGCGGGGAUGGCUGCUGUAUUGAACGUUGGCCGUUGGGGCGAGUUGAACAUUGA